AUUACACGUUCACCACUAUUAGCAUACCUUAACGAGCUAGUAUUCUAUUAUUAUUAUUAUUAUUAUUUUUAAAAAGCCAAUUUUUUGAAGAUGUUCAAGCAAGCGAAGAAGAUCCCCUUCUACCCAGUAAACCCGAAGAACCCCAUCGUUUUCUUCGACAUCGAACUCGGCGCGCAGCCGGCGGGACGGGUCACGAUGGAACUUUUCGCGGACGUCGUACCGAAGACCGCGGAGAACUUCCGCGCGCUUUGCACAGGUGAAAAGGGGGCCGGCCGCUCUGGAAAGCCGCUCUGGUAUAAAGGCAGCAUCUUCCACCGCGUGAUCCCGAGCUUCAUGUGCCAAGGCGGGGACUUCACGGUGGGGAAUGGAACUGGCGGCGAGUCCAUUUACGGCAUGAAAUUCCCCGAUGAGGGCUUCUCCGGGCGAGCAGGGAAGCACUUCGGCCCGGGAACGCUCUCCAUGGCGAACGCUGGCCCGAACACGAACGGCUCGCAGUUCUUCAUCUGCACGGCGAACACGGAGUGGUUGGACGGGAAGCAUGUGGUCUUCGGGCAGGUCAUCGAGGGCUAUGACGUUGUGAUGAAGAUGGAGGAGCAGGGUAACCGGAACGGCGAGACACGGACAUCCAUUAAGAUCGCGGACUGCGGCGAGGUCAAGGCGGAUGCCGCGCAAAGCGCCUAAUAAAAAAAGUAAGGAGUGGGGGAGAGGGGUUCAACACCUCGGUAUCACCUACCACGACACUUAAUCCUAACCUUUUUUUCUAUUAUUAUUAUUAUAUUAUAUAAAGAAAAGCUGAUAUUGAAAAGAUUGUUUGAUGCUGUAUAAGAUAAAAUGCACACAACAGACGAAUGAUCAUCGAAUAUAUUUUAAUUUAUGGAGAAAAAAAAUAAGUUAUAAAAAAUAUCUAGAAUGGGAAAACUGAAAAACAAGACCAAUUCAUUCAAUACGAGGAUUGUGCUAUUUUAUAGUAUUUUAUAGCUAAGUCUUCCCAUUCUGGAUGUAUUUCUCUGAUAUUUUAUUUACUUUAUAUU